AUGGGUGUGAUAACGUUCGCUCUCAUAUUAGCACUCGUUUAUCUGACGUUCACCUUUUUGCAGAAGUAUUUGGAUGAUGAAACAGAACAACGUGAAGAAGACAGCAAGGAAACGAACGUGAACAAGAAGGAAAUUGAAGGCGCAGCAACAUUGAGUAAGUCAGGAAUAACGUCUGUAGCGUCACCAGAUCGAAGUGUCCGAGCCAAACAAAGCUCUGAAUUAGACGUAAAACUGGAUGAUGCAACAUUAAGAGCGAUACCUGAAGUGCCAACGAUAACUGGCGAUGGCAAUGUUAAUACGGGAGAAGCAAUCGUAUCUCCGUCGAAACGCAUAUCGAACACAACAUUGAAUUCAACCACGAAACGAGUAUCUCCCAACAGAGCCACAUCAUCGAUUCCAGCGAGCGUUCGGAAAGCAACUGAAAAGAACACAUCAGUAAAGGCAUUGUUCGGUAGAAGCAUUCGAGAUGUCGAAUCACCUUCAACAACUACGAAAACAAAUCAACCUGAUUCGGCAACGGAGCAACAAAAUGCUCAACAUGAAAAUGUGAACGCUGCUGGCAAACUAAACGAGAUAGACACAUCGUCCUCGAAGGAAAUCUUGAAUGCACUGCGAAAGGCUCAAUUGAAGAUGAAUCAAAUUCCACCAUGGGAGUUGGACAGAGGCAAGUACAAUCCGGAAGAGUAUUGGAAGAAACAAACGAAAAACGCGCUCGACUCUUUGAGUAGUCAAAGAAGUAAGUAUCAAUCUGGAUCUGAGGCGAACGAACUAAGUACCACUGCAGAUAUUAAUGAUAAGUCGAAGCAUCAAACGGAUCGUAGUAACCAGUCCAAACAGGCGAGAACUGUAUCCAGUGAUCAAGUUGAAGCAAAUGCAACGGCCCUAGGUCAUGCGAGUGAAAAUAUGGUGAGUGAACGGGGCGAGAAAGAUGUUAGAACUGCACAAAAGCCAACGGAACAAGAGCUGAAAGCCGAAAGGGAUGUCCGAACAGCCCAGAAGCCAACGGAGGCAGAGUUGAAAGCCGAAAGGGAUAGGAAUUCACAAGAGGGAAACUCUAAAGAAUGGGGACCAAUGGGAACUCAAAAGGUGCGUCAGGUUCCGCCGUGGGUAUUGGAAGGUGAAGCGUACUANGUUGAAUGGAACAGAUCAACGCAUCGGCACUACCGUAAUUGUUCAUUGUACCAUUUAGUUAGUGGAUUCAUAGAAAUGCUUUAA